UGGCUUUUUCUUGAUUUCCUUCAAACUAAAACCCGUCAAGAACAUAAACAAUUUCAAGAAUCCUUUUCAAGAAACAACAUUUUGAAUCAAGAAAACAAAAAAUGGACAGGCUUAUAAGCUUGGAGCCGUCGAAUCUUGCAGCAAUCAGAAUAGAACCAGGUCAAAAAUGUCGCGGCGAGCUCACUUUACGAAACGUUAUGUACACCAUGCCGGUUGCUUUUCGAAUCCAAGCUUUAAACAAGACAAGAUAUACUAUCAAACCGCACUCAGGAAUUAUUUCUCCUCUUGCAACUUUAACUGUAGAAAUCACUUAUCAUCUUCCUUAUAAUUCGUCUCUUCCAGAAACGUUUCCUCGCUGUGAAGAUACGUUUCUUUUGCAUAGUGUGGUUGUUCCCGGUGCUUCAAUCAAAGAUGCCACGUCGAAUUUUGAUUCUGUUCCUCAAGAUUGGUUCACUGCCAAGAAAAAACAAGUGUUUAUAGACAGUGGUAUUAAGGUUAUGUUUGUCGGGUCGCCAAUUCUUGCUCAGUUGGUCGCUGAUGGUUCAAUGGAUGAGAUCAGAGAAGUGCUCGAGCGGAGCGAUCCGUCGUGGAAUCCCGCUGAUUCGGUUGAUUUUAAUGGACAGACAUUGCUUCAUAUUGCUAUAGCUCAAGGUCGUCCUGAUUUUGUUCAGUUACUUCUUGAAUUUGAACCGAACGUCGAGCUUCAGAAUCGGGCUGGGGCUAGUCCGCUCGAGGCGGCUGCAGCUGCCGGUGAGGCUCUGAUCGUCGAGCUUCUGCUGGCUAAUAAAGCCAGCACGGAUAGAUCAGAAUCGUCGACUUGGGGUCCGAUCCAUCUUGCGGCUAGUAAUGGUCAUUUAGAUGUUUUAAGGCUUCUUUUACUGAAAGGAGCAAAUGUUGAUUCCGUCACUAAAGAUGGUUUUACGGCACUUCAUAUGGCGGUUGAAGAAAGACGACGAGAUUGUGCUCGUCUUCUAUUAGCUAGUGGGGCGAAAGCUGAUAUUGAUGACGCUACCGAAGGCGAUACCUCGUUGCAUAUAGCUGCCAGGCUAGGAGAUGAGAGCAUGGUCAAAUUGCUAUUACAAAAGGGUGGGGCAAACAAAAAUAUUCGCAACAAAAAUGGUAAGAUUGCAUAUGAUAUUGCGGCGGAACAUGGUCAUAGUCGCCUAUUUGACGCGUUAAAAUUGGGCGACAGCUUAUGUGUUGCCGCUAGAAAAGGAGAAGUCAGAACUAUACUCAAAUUAAUUGAAAAUGGAGCACAAAUCAACGGUAAGGAUCAACAUGGGUGGACAGCAUUGCAUAGAUCAUCAUUCAAAGGUAAAAUCGAAGCCGUUCGGACUUUAAUCGAUAAGGGUAUAGAUGUUGACGCUAAAGACGAAGAUGGCUACACUGCAUUACAUUGUGCAGUAGAGUCAGGGCAUGCAGAUGUAAUUGAAUUAUUAGUCAAGCGGGGUGCAGAUAUUGAAGCCAGGACUAAUAAAGGUGUCACUCCUUUACAAAUUGCCGAGUCCUUGAACUAUGUUGGGAUCAGUAGAGUGCUUAUUCGCAGUGGCGCCGCUAAAGAUGAUGGUGCUACACAUUUAGCGACACGACCCUAUCAGCUUCCGUUCGGGAAAGGCGUCGUGGUUGUUGAGGCAGAGAAGACAAUCAAGAAAAGGACCCCUAAAGCAAGAGCAUUGAGGGGUAAUUUUGAUCGGUCAAUGCCAUUAGCUGUUCUUUAGGUAUAAUUUUUCUUUCUUCUUUUUGCUCAUCACUUGCAAUUUUAGAUCAAAUUUGAUCUUUUUUUCUUGUUGUGGGAGUAAAAAUUUGUCAAAAAUGUUGUUGAACUAUAAAUGAUAGAUAUACUUGUAUACUUUGUUAUUA